AUGCAAAAACCCGCAUUGUCACUUGCAGCUUGCGUGGGAGUCGGCCAGCAGCGCUUUAAAUUCAUAAACCAGUCCUCCUCCGCCCCCUCCCCCUCCUCCGCCGCCGCCGCCUCGUCGUCGUCGUCGUCGUCGUCAUCAUCGCCGUCGCCGUCAGCCUCGUCGGGGAGCGCUGCCGCCGCCGCCGCCGCCGUCGUCAGUCGCUUUGUCGAGGCCUCGCCGGGCCCCAAGUCGCCGCUGCGCAACACCAACGACAGGGUCGCCGACACGCUCGUGUACUUCCUGGCCUCGACUCACCAGGGCUACAACCUGAAGCCGUUUCGGCUGUCCGUGUUUGGGGAGCUGCCGCGGCGCAUCGGCUACUCGCCCGCCCUGGACGCCUCGCUCGCGGCCUUCACCAGCCUCCUCGAGACGCGGCAGUCGCCGUCGGAGCCGCUGAAUCCCCGGUCGCUGCAGCUCUACGCCUCGGGCCUCAAGGCCCUCGAAAGCUCCAUCGCCAACCCGCUGUCGAGAUACCGCUCCGACACCCUCUGCGCCGCCUACAUCCUGUCCGAAUGCCACAUAUGGCAGGGCCGAAACGCCAAGCUGUCCCGAGGACACGCCGAGGGCUUGGUGUACCUGAUAAGUAACAUCGCGUGUCAGGAUCUGAAGGACCUGUUCCUGCGAGGCAUAUGCUACGCCAUCACUGCAAAUCUAGCUAACAAACCGCCCCCCCGGGCACAGCUCCAAGACAGCGUCUUCAACCCCAACGUCCAGCUCAACCCGUGGAUCCAGCAACUGUACGACAUGCCGGAGCAGCCGCUGCGGCCGCUGCUCGACAUCCAAGCCAUGUCGCGGCUGCCGACGUGCGAGCUGCGCGUCUUCGCCAUGCUGCCCGAGCUCAUCCGGCACCCGCGCGAGAACAAGGAGCAGAUGCGCUGGAUCUACAGCUACAUCCUCGACCAGUACCUGCAGGUCAAGGUCUUCAUCAGCGCCAACCGCGAGACGUCGUGCUGGAACGCCUACGACGGCAUCAUCUGCAACGAGCGGCACGGGCUCUUCAUCGCCAUCGGCAUCACGCUCAACGCCCUCCUGCGCGCCUUCAGCCCCGGCAACAUCCUGCUCGUCAGCCAGCGCUCCAUCUUCUGCGCCGACGCCGUCGUCCUCGCCGAGAGGGCCAAGCAGGAGCGCCCCCUGGCCGCGCACCACGUGCCCCAGGCCAUUGUCGCCGCGUGGUGCGUCACCGACGACGGCGCCACCAGGGACCGCCUACGCCAGCUGAUUGAGGACUACCGCUCUACCUUUGCCAUGGCCAAGCUGGUCCAGCACCUGUCGUGCUGGCCCGAGGCCCCGGCGAAGCUACGCGAGAUUCCUUGGCUCACUUUGCCGCAGGGGAGGGGGGCGCACGCGGGAGCGCCGCCGCCGGCAGAGCGAGAUGCCAGUCCCGUCGACGCUGCUGCUGCUGCUGCUCUGGACGCCGACGAAGCAGCGGAAUUCAUUGACAGAGAGACGCAUGAAUUUUGCUGCAUUCUAUAA